AUGUUUGAAGAGGAAGAUGACUAUGCCGUGCCAUAUGAUACUCUCCGCCACAAGUCCAUCAGACGUGGAAUACUCGAGAGGCUCAAGUUUGGGACUCUGCGACGGCCAGCGAAGGAAGGUCGUGACAUAUCAGAUGCAGAGAAAAGUCUACCGAUCCCUGAAGAGUCGCCUGUGAGGCGGGUUAGUCAUAGGCAAGGCCACAAGAGGAACGACUCGGACUUCAACGUCGACGAGGUCAGGCUGCCAGCGAUGCAGCGAUCUGUCAGCAGUCCCGGUCCCAAUCUCCUCAGAUCUCCGUCGUUCGGCAUGAGAGACGAUUCGCCGUUGCUCCACAGUCCCGGAUUUAGGAUCAUCGAGGAAGACCCGGAAGCCGAUACGUCGUCAAUACUUGAGCGGUAUCUGUCUCCGUUCAUACCGCAUCGCCAUACCGUCUCUGUGCACCAGAAGCCCUCCAAGGACUCCGUCCGGACGCAUUCUCCUGCCGCCGAUUCGUACACUGCAAUGCCUGCGCGGAGGAGCGCUGCCGAGAAGAGAAGCAGUCCAUAUGGUACGCCGUCCUCGUCACCCUCAAAGCCUCCAGCAUCUUCUUUAGCUCGUGUGGAUUCUUCCAUCCUUCCGUUGAGCCCUCCUCGAAUCAUGUCGCCACCGUUGGAGUCCAAGCUGUUCUUCGCUGCUAUUACGCCGGAUUUUGGGUCAACUCCCUCCCUUGCACUGCAUUUGCCUGCGACCAGCACUAAUCCGUCUGCUACGUCGAUAUCUUCACCAGCACCUCCGAAGAGACAGCAGAACAAGCUCCGCACCAAGAAGGAUCCUCCUUUACUGCCUUAUCCCUCUUCGUCCGAUUCGUCACCUUAUCGGAACCGUUUGAAGAAAUCCUUCAGACAUGGCAACGUUACGGGGGAGACUCCUCUGAGCCAGCAACUCGUCUCAGCCUCUCCGCAGUCUGUCGCUUCGCCUGCUCCCAGCACCCAGGCUGAAUGGUGCAGUCCUGCCACGAGGUUCGGCGUUCGGCAUUCGGCACUCGAGAAGGUGGACGAGAUUCUGUCGCGCAGCUGGAGCCAGCGGGACGUGAACGUUGACUUGUACGUCGGGAGCGCGACACGAUUUGGAGCUAUGGUUGCGGACACAUUGAAGAACGAUGUCCGCGACGGCAUUCCCACAUCGGCCUCGGGCGCUGGGAUUCAGCAAAGAUUGGAAGCCUUGAAGACACAGGAACAAGCCGCUAACGAUCGAGUGUGA